AAAUGUAAGCAACAGAAAUAUCCUUCACUUAAAGAAGCCCUGUAAUAUCCCGAGAGAGGUUUUCAACCUGUGUAAUUUAUAGUGUAGGGUCUUAAUUUAUGAAGAGUCAUAUUUGCAAUAUUGAUUUUUGUGUAGAAUUUGGCCUGCGAAAGCGAUAAAGCUCCCUUGGCCAGAAUGUCCACAGUAUAUUUAUAAUUACAUAAAUAUAAUUACAUAUGAAUAAAGGAAUAUUUCUGUCUUCAUAAAUUCAGCUGCUCUUCGGAAGUUGGUAGAACAGGAGAUAAGCAGUAUAUUUCCCUGGCUCCACAUUGCUGGACGGCUGGGGAAGUUGCACACGAAAUAGGUGAGGUUGAAUCGUAAGUCUUAUUGCCCAUCUGUCUCGUUUAGUACAAAUGUCCUCUAAUUGCAUUUCAUCUGUGUUAACGUCUGUUAUAUUUUUAGCUCAUGCACUGGGAUUUUAUCACGAGCAAUCAAGACCUGAUCGUGAUGAAUAUGUCACCAUUAACUGGAACAACAUCGUUGAAUGUAGGUGUGACUCCAAAGAUAAAUAGAUUCCUGGUAGAGGAGUCCUGGUACUUCUGUAGUUUAGUUGCUUGCACUGACAAAGUAAUGGUUUAUGAAAAUGAUCUGCUGUAGCUUGCUGCGGCUCAAGACUGCGCUUGAAAGUCGAAAUGACUUCGCUAAAGGCAUGUAGGAAGCUGAUGCACCUGGAAUUAUAUUCAUACCAACAUAUACAUCUCACACGAUCAAGAAGAAUAACUCAAUUAUUCAUGGUCCGUUUAGGUUACGACUCUCCUUCGUAAUUGUAUAUCUGCAGGACCGUGUUAACGUUUUAAUUGUAUAUCCGCAGGACCGUGUUAACGUUUUAAUUGUAUAUCCGCAGGACCGUGUUAACGUUUUAAUUGCAUAUCCGCAGGACCGUGUUAACGUUUUAAUUGUAUAUCCGCAGGACCGUGUUAACGUUUUAAUUGUAUAUCCGCAGGACCGUGUUAACGUUUUAAUUGUAUAUCCGCAGGACCGUGUUAACGUUUUAAUUGCAUAUCCGCAGGACCGUGUUUACGUUUUAAUUGUAUAUCCGCAGGACCGUGUUAACGUUUUAAUUGUAUAUCUGCAGGACCGUGUUAACGUUUUAAUUGUAUAUCCGCAGGACCGUGUUAACGUUUUAAUUGUAUAUCCGCAGGACCGUGUUAACGUUUUAAUUGUAUAUCCGCACGACCGUUUAACGUAUUUAAAGUCGUGUGUUUGUCUUUGUCUUUUUUUCUGUAUCAUAUAUUCCUCAAUUUAAUUAACUUGCAGCCGAAAAGGUUAACUUUGCUAAGUAUGGGCCAUCGAGAAUAAAUUCACUUGGCGUCCCCUAUGACUACAGAAGUUUGAUGCAUUUCAGUGAUAAAGCCUUCAGUAAAAAUGGCGAGCCCACGAUAGUACCUAAGCAAGCUGGGGUAAGUACAUAACAUUUCUGGCGUUCCUCAGAAACAGCUUUUUUUUAGCAUGCAAAAAAAAGUGAAAAAGAAAAAAAAUACUAACUAAAAACGUAAAAACGCUAGGCAUUGUCACUAAAAUACAUAUAUAAUCGAAACUAUUUCAAUCGCUCUGACGAAGGGCUAACGCUCGAAACGUCAGCUUUUUUACCCUUUACGGUGGCUAAUUUACGUUUUCAAUCCAGUUGUUAACACUAAAUUACCUAUUAUAUUCUCCCACCGACGCAGCACCACAGUUUCUUUAGAAACUUACCCCUUUAUUAUUAUGUAAGCCUUCAAUUUUUAUUUUCCAAGAUACAAAUAGGUCAACGGGAAAGUCCAAGUGCCUUGGAUAUCAAGCAAAUGAAUUUACUGUAUAAAUGCAGUGGUGGAGGCGGAGGCGGAGGCGGAGGAGGAGGAGGAGGAGGCGGAGGCGGAGGCGGAGGCGGAGGAGGAGGAGGAGGCGGAGGCGGAGGCGGAGGAGGAGGAGGUGGAGGAGGUAAACUUUAAACUCGUUUUGCCUCAUAUCUUUCAUAUCAUUAUCAUACCAGAGACAAAAGGGAUUAACCUAGAAGAUUUUUUGAGGGCAUCUUACAGAGUAUGGAGGCGCCUUUCCAUGCAGAGUCAGUGAUUUUGGGUCUCAGAAGUCUUGGGGUGGCGCUCAGCAGGUCUCUGAAGAGUCCAAUUACACGGGAUGACUUCUCACAUACCUUUUUCGUUGCAGAAACCUGCAGGGAUCAAAAUUAUAAUUGUGGAAACUGGGCAAGAAGGGGUGAGUGCCACAGAAAUCCAAGAUACAUGCACGUGUAUUGCAAGAAGAGCUGUCGGGUGUGUAAUGCGCAAGGUAAAUUUGCAGAGUUAUUUGUUAUUAAAACAAUUAGUCGCCUCAGUCUUAGUGAAUAUUGUUGAAUAAUUGUUAAUCAGCGCUGGAGUUUUUCCCGGAUUUACUAAUAUGAGCCAACUGGAAGUAUGGCAACUCCUCUGUGGGCGGGGAUAGCAGUCCAACUCGCUUCAAAGAUCCUGUUUCUACCUACGAGGAGGCACCCAUUUGCAGCAGGUCCUGUGUGCAUUAAUAAAAGACUAAUGAUGGUUGCCUCUCGAUUAAAAUUUAGCAGCAGGACAAAUGAAUUCUGUCAAGGGUAGGGAGGUGAAGAAAGUAAUUUGGGACUUAUAACUUCUAAGUGGGAAAAAGGUCCAUAGAAAAUGAUCAAGGCUAGAAAUGAUUGUGUUUCUUGCCAUCUCGGCGUGUUUUAAUCUAAUAUCAUUUUUAAUGAUAAUACUGCCGCAGUCUUAAUGAUUUAAGUCGCUGAGAGUAAUGACCAAGAUAUAUUACUGUCACUGACUUUAAACUUGUUAGUUACUGUGUCAAAAACUCGCCCCGAUAUAUUGAAUUAGUCUUGUAAGUCAUUUUUUGCCGAAAAGUUUGUAAAAUUGUUAUUAGAAACAAGGGGAGAAAUAAAGUUUAUAGGAACCACGGAGUGUAAUUGUCAUGCGUUUUUAUAUGGAAAGAAACGGUUUUAUUUGUUAACUUUGAAAGCCCCUAUAUAAAAGUACAAAUAGUUUUAAAAAUCUUUCAAAGAUUCUUAGCCAACGUUUGCGCUGUUCUCUUCCCACGCACAAAGUAAAAUAUUAUCAUGUACAGGUUGCAAUUUCCAACUCUGACUGGGUUUGAAGGAGACUAUCUGAAGCUCAGCCAGCACGUUGUUGCCACCGCCUUUGCAUUAAAAGCCUUCUGGCUCAUGACAGUACUGCGAUUCAUUUUUAGGAGCUUUUGAAAGAUGUCUAUUUCUAUAACAACAUUGAUUGUUAGUAACUGUCACCAAUUAAUUUAUGCUACAGAAGAUUGUGUGGAUCAUAACCGAUACUGUCAACACUGGGCCUCACAGGGUCACUGCUACGCUAAUCCUGGCUACAUGGGACCCAACUGCAAAAGAAGCUGUGGAAUCUGC